AGCCAUUUUGGCUCAAACCGUUUUUAUCGAGCUCCCGCAGCUCAGGCAGGCAGGCCUUCGGGGAAGCAGAUCGCCUGGUGACUCCCGGACGAAGACAGCCAGCAGAACCGUAUAAAGAUGGCGGCCGUGGAAGCGAAGUGGGAUGUGAAGCAGAUGGAGUCCGAAGACAAGGCGUGGUCGCAGCGGACCGGCCCAGAGAAGGUCCUCUUCGUGAUCAUCCAGGUGCUGAAGGUGGUGAUGGCGGUGGGGCUUCUCUACAUCUUCCUCAUCUCCCUGAGCAUGAUGGGCAACGCGUUCAAGGUCAUCGGAGGCCCCACCGCCGGGAAAGUCUUCCGGAACAACGCCAUCUUCGACAACCCGUUCGCGGGCUGCUCCCUCGGGAUCCUGGCGACGGUGCUAGUGCAGUCCUCGUCGACCAGCACCUCCAUCAUCAUCACGAUGACUGCGGCAGGCCUGAUCGAUCCCAAGAACGCCAUUUACAUGAUCAUGGGGGCGAACAUAGGCACAUCUGUCACCAAUACAAUCGUCAGCAUGUCCCACAUGGGCGACGUGGACCAGUACCGCCGAGCGUUCGCGGGCGCAACGGUGCACGACUGCUUCAAUCUUUUGACAGUGACCAUCCUGCUCCCGCUCGAGUACUUCACUCACAUGCUCUACCACAUCGGCAGCGCCCUCGUCGAGUCCGCCGGCAUCGAGGAGGACCAGGAAAAGCAGGAGAAGGUCGACUUCAUCAAGAAGCUCACGAAGCCGGUCACCUCUCGCCUGAUCUCUGUGGACAAGAAGUUGGUUACUAAGGUCGCACAGGCAGACGACCAGGAGACGCUGGACGGCCUGCUGGCACAGUCGAUCAUCCAGAACAAGCGUACCCUUGACAACCAUAUGUUCCUGGACACCCCCCUGAGCGACGAGGGGGGGGCUGGGUGGCUGCUGCUGGUCAUCUCCCUGGUUUUGCUGUCCACCACGCUUAUCCUCCUGGUCAAGCUGCUGCAAACGAUCUUCCGAGGCCGCGCCGCGAUUUGGAUGCAGGGGCUGCUGAACCUGGAGUUCAAGACGGUGCCCUUUGUGGCCGACUACAUCCUCAUCCUCUUCGGCGUGGGCAUCACCAUCCUCAUGCAGAGCAGCAGCAUAACAACCUCGACGCUGACGCCGCUCGUCGGAAUCGGGCUCAUCAAGCUCGACAAGAUGUUCCCGUUCACCGUCGGCGCGAACGUGGGCACCACCGUCACGGGCAUGCUGUCUGCACUGGCGGGCUCGAACGUCGCCACCGGCAUGACGGUGGCGUUCGCGCACCUGUUCUUCAACCUCAUCGGAGCGCUCAUUUGGUUCCCGAUCCCUGCCAUGCGCGCCGUGCCGCUCACCAUGGCCAGGGCACUGGGUAGCGUGGCCGCCGACCUGCGCUGGUUCCCCAUCGCCUACAUCUUCGUCGUCUUCGGAAUCAUUCCGGGCCUGCUCCUGGGGCUGUCCUUGAUGCACUGGGCGGCGCUCGUGUUCGUGGGCCUUCCGAUCCUUCUCUUGCUGAUCGCUGGCUCUUGCGUCUUCGGCAUGCGCGCCUACCACCCGGAUCGGCUGCCUGCGGUGCUCAAGAAGGACUUCUCAUUCAUGCCGCCCAGCAUGAAGAUGGCCACCGCGGACGGCGAGGGUCAGUCCGCCGCGGUGGAGGAGUCGAACAUCGGCAGUACCGACAUCGGUGGCGCGAGGCAGUGGUGGCUGGCGCCCUGUGCCUACGGGCUCGGCUGGUACUCGAUCCUGGUAAUGCUGAUGGCGGUGCCGAACGCCAAGUGGUCCGACAUGAAGUACGCGUCCUUCGACGCCCGGGACCACGUCGGCAUCGGCGCCUGGAGCGCGUGCUCCGCCAUGUUCGCGGAGGAGGUGGGCUGGGCUCCGAGCCCUCUCACGGGCGCGGACCUCGAUGCGCACCUCGCGACGUGCAUGGCUGACCUCAGCUCCGCCUGCGCCGACCAGAGCGACUUCUCCACCGUCCUGGGCGCCAACACCGUCUACGAGGAGUCGUGGCAGGGUGCACGGACGCCCACGAAGGGAGGACUGGCUGAUGAGUGCGAGGGGCUGACUGGGUGCGGCGGGAACUGCACGUCGACGCAAGCCUGUUGCAUCCCGCUCGGCGACCUCUGCACGGACGUCGGCGGCCUCACGGCCGCGGGCGGCCUGAGCGUGGCCGGGAUCGUCUUCUCCAUUUUGGGGAUGGCGGCGAUGCUCGCCUACCUCGCCAGGGGGGACAAGCGGGACAUGCGCAAGGUACUCUGGGGCACCGCCGCCGCCUUCGGCGUGGCUUGGGUCCUUUUGCUCGCUGCGUGGACCAUCGGCCUGAGCGCGCUGGGGCAGGAGACGACGUGCUGGGUCCAGGACGACCAGAACGACGGCAUCGUGGCGGCCAAGGGCAAGCUCGGGGACAUCGGGAACGGCGUCGGCUACGGGCUCGGCUACAUCAUCGGGGGAUGGGACGAGGCGAGCGAGGACGAUGCGGCCAAGCAGAGCCGUACGAAGAUGGCGGCCGUGGAAGCCAAGUGGGAUGUGAAGCAGAUGGAGUCCGGAGACAAGGCGUGGUCGCAGCGGACCGGCCCAGAGAAGGUCCUUUUCGUGAUUAUCCAGGUGUUGAAGGUGGUGAUGGCGGUGGGGCUUCUCUACAUCUUCCUCAUCUCCCUGAGCAUGAUGGGCAACGCGUUCAAGGUCAUCGGAGGCCCCACCGCUGGGAAAGUCUUCCGGAACAACGCCAUCUUCGACAACCCGUUCGCGGGCUGCUCCCUCGGGAUCCUAGCGACGGUGCUAGUGCAGUCCUCGUCGACCAGUACCUCCAUCAUCAUCACGAUGACUGCGGCAGGCCUGAUCGAUCCCAAGAACGCCAUUUACAUGAUCAUGGGGGCGAACAUCGGCACAUCUGUCACCAAUACAAUCGUCAGCAUGUCCCACAUGGGCGACGUGGACCAGUACCGCCGGGCGUUCGCGGGCGCAACGGUGCACGACUGCUUCAAUAUGUUGACAGUGACCAUCCUGCUCCCGCUCGAGUACUUCACUCACAUGCUCUACCACAUUGGCAGCGCCCUCGUCGAGUCCGCCGGCAUCGAGGAGGACCAGGAAAAGCAGGAGAAGGUCGACUUCAUCAAGAAGCUCACGAAGCCGGUCACCUCUCGCCUGAUCUCUGUGGACAAGAAGCUGGUGACCAAGGUCGCGCAGGCGGACGACCAGGAGACGCUUGACGGCCUGCUGGCACAGUCGAUCAUCCAGAACAAGCGUACCCUUGACAACCAUAUGUUCCUGGACACCCCCCUGAGCGACGAGGGGGCUGGGUGGCUGCUGCUGGUCAUCUCCCUGGUGAUGCUGUCCACCACGCUUAUCCUCCUGGUCAAGUUGCUGCAGACGAUCUUCAGGGGCCGUGCCGCGAUUUGGAUGCAGGGGCUGCUGAACCUGGAGUUCAAGACGGUGCCCUUUGUGGCCGACUACAUCCUCAUCCUCUUCGGUGUGGGCAUCACCAUCCUCAUGCAGAGCAGCAGCAUAACAACCUCGACGCUGACGCCGCUCGUCGGAAUCGGGCUCAUCAAGCUCGACAAGAUGUUCCCGUUCACCGUCGGCGCGAACGUGGGCACCACCGUCACGGGCAUGCUGUCUGCACUGGCGGGCUCGAACGUCGCCACCGGCAUGACGGUGGCGUUCGCGCACCUGUUCUUCAACCUCAUCGGAGCGCUCAUUUGGUUCCCGAUCCCUGCCAUGCGCGCCGUGCCGCUCACCAUGGCCAGGGCACUGGGUAGCGUGGCCGCCGACCUGCGCUGGUUCCCUGUCGCCUACAUCUUCGUCGUCUUCGGGAUCAUUCCCGGCCUGCUCCUGGGGCUGUCCCUGAUGCACUGGGCGGCGCUCGUGUUCGUGGGCCUUCCGAUCCUGCUCCUGCUGAUCGCUGGCUCUUGCGUCUUCGGCAUGCGCGCCUACCACCCGGAGCGGCUGCCUGCGGUGCUCAAGAAGGACUUCUCGUUCAUGCCGCCCAGCAUGAAGAUGGCCGCCGCGGACGGCGAGGAGUCCGCCGCGGUGGAGGAGUCGAACAUCGGCAGUACCGACAUCGGUGGCGCGAGGCAGUGGUGGCUGGCGCCCUGUGCCUACGGGCUCGGCUGGUACUCGAUCCUGGUAAUGCUGAUGGCGGUGCCGAACGCCAAGUGGUCCGACAUGAAGUACGCGUCCUUCGACGCCCGGGACCACGUCGGCAUCGGCGCCUGGAGCGCGUGCUCCGCCAUGUUCGCGGAGGAGGUGGGCUGGCUUUGGCUUUCCGGAGCUCUCCACGGGCGCGGCCUGUUUGCAUCCCGCUCGGCGACCUCUGCAACGGACGUCGGCGGCCUCCGGGCCGCGGGCGGCCUGAGCGUGGCCGGGAUCGUCUUCUCCAUUUUGGGGAUGGCGGCGAUGCUCGCCUACCUCGCCAGGGGGGACAAGCGGGACAUGCGCAAGGUACUCUGGGGCACCGCCGCCGCCUUCGGCGUGGCUUGGGUCCUCUUGCUCGCUGCGUGGACCAUCGGCCUGAGCGCGCUGGGGCAGGAGACGACGUGCUGGGUCCAGGACGACCAGAACGACGGCAUCGUGGCGGCCAAGGGCAAGCUCGGGGACAUCGGGAACGGCGUCGGCUACGGGCUCGGCUACAUCAUCGGGGGCUGGGUCCUGCUCAACCCAAUCCUCGCGAUCACGGCGCUCCGCAUCGUGGCCGACGUGAAGGCUGGCCCCCCGCAGAAGGAAGAGGCGAGCGAGGACGAUGCGGCCAAGGCCAAGUGGGACGUGAAGCAGAUGGAGUCCAGAGACAAGGCGUGGUCGCAGCGGACGGGCCCAGAGAAGGUCCUUUUCGUGAUCAUCCAGGUGCUGAAGGUGGUGAUGGCGGUGGGGCUUCUCUACAUCUUCCUCAUCUCCCUGAGCAUGAUGGGCAACGCGUUCAAGGUCAUCGGAGGCCCCACCGCCGGAAAAGUCUUCCGGAACAACGCCAUCUUCGACAACCCGUUCGCGGGCUGCUCCCUCGGGAUCCUGGCGACGGUGCUGGUGCAGUCCUCGUCGACCAGCACCUCCAUCAUCAUUACGAUGACUGCGGCAGGCCUGAUCGAUCCCAAGAACGCCAUUUACAUGAUCAUGGGGGCGAACAUCGGCACAUCUGUCACAAACACAAUCGUCAGCAUGUCCCACAUGGGCGACGUGGACCAGUACCGCCGGGCGUUCGCGGGCGCAACGGUGCAUGACUGCUUCAACUUGUUGACAGUAACCAUCCUACUCCCGCUCGAGUACUUCACUCACAUGCUCUACCACAUCGGCAGCGCCCUCGUCGAGUCCGCCGGCAUCGAGGAGGACCAGGAAAAGCAGGAGAAGGUCGACUUCAUCAAGAAGCUCACGAAGCCGGUCACCUCUCGCCUGAUCUCUGUGGACAAGAAGCUGGUGACCAAGGUCGCGCAGGCGGACGACCAGGAGACGCUUGACGGCCUGCUGGCACAGUCGAUCAUCCAGAACAAGCGUACCCUUGACAACCAUAUGUUCCUGGACACCCCCCUGAGCGACGAGGGGGCUGGGUGGCUGCUGCUGGUCAUCUCCCUGGUGAUGCUGUCCACCACGCUUAUCCUCCUGGUCAAGUGCUGCAGCCGAUCUUCCGGGGGCCGCGCCGCGAUUGGACAUUGGAUGCAGGGGUUGCUGAACGGAGUUCAGACGCUCGACAAGAUGUUCCCGUUCACCGUCGGCGCGAACGUGGGCACCACCGUCACGGGCAUGCUGUCUGCGCUGGCGGGCUCGAACGUCGCGACCGGCAUGACGGUGGCGUUUGCGCACUUGUUCUUCAACCUCAUCGGAGCGCUCAUUUGGUUCCCGAUCCCUGCCAUGCGCGCCGUUCCGCUCACCAUGGCCAGGGCAUUGGGUAGCGUGGCCGCCGACCUGCGCUGGUUUCCUGUCGCCUACAUAUUCGUCGUCUUCGGGAUCAUUCCGGGCCUGCUCCUGGGGCUGUCCCUGAUGCACUGGGCGGCGCUCGUGUUCGUGGGCCUUCCGAUCCUGCUCCUGCUGAUCGCUGGCUCUUGCGUCUUCGGCAUGCGCGCCUACCACCCAGAGCGGCUGCCUGCGGCGCUCAAGAAGGACUUCUCGUUCAUGCCGCCCAGCAUGAAGAUGGCCACCGCGGACGGCGAGGGUCAGUCCGCCGCGGUGGAGGAGUCGAACAUCGGCAGUACCGACAUCGGUGGCGCGAGGCAGUGGUGGCUGGCGCCCUGUGCCUACGGGCUCGGCUGGUACUCGAUCCUGGUAAUGCUGAUGGCGGUGCCGAACGCCAAGUGGUCCGACAUGAAGUACGCGUCCUUCGACGCCCGGGACCACGUCGGCAUUGGCGCCUGGAGCGCGUGCUCCGCCAUGUUCGCGGAGGAGGUGGCCUGGGCUCCGAGCCCUCUCACGGGCGCGGACCUCGAUGCGCACCUCGCGACGUGCAUGGCUGACCUCAGCUCCGCCUGCGCCGACCAGAGCGACUUCUCCACCGUCCUGGGCGCCAACACCGUCUACGAGGAGUCGUGGCAGGGGUGCACGGACGCCACGACGGGGGACUGGCUGAGUGAGUGCGAGGCGCUGACUGGGUGCGGCGACCUGCACGCGACGCAGUGCGCCAACGUGUCCGCCGCG